GGUUUCCCUUUGUUUGACGUGCCAAAAAGUCAUAAAAUAACUGUUGGGGGCUUUCGUGAACAAAGUUCAAGUUUCAACUCCCUCCUAUGCAUCUCACUUGGCAAACGACCGUGCCAGCAGGUUGCUCGGCGCUAUCAGAGAUAGCACAGUCAACGGCCGCCAAGAUACAACAAGUUAUUGCCGCUGAUGCAGUCGGGAAGGACGGACUUCAGCAGCAGCUGGCUGUUCUCUCGAAUCGGUUGCAAAGCUUUCGGCUGCACGUCGGUCAACUGGCCCGCAGUGUCACUGAUGCCCCGGUCAUCCAUCUACAGCUGGGACGUCCUCAAGUCCGGCCUAGACGACUGCCAUUCCGCUCUGAGUACCGUGUCGGACAGACUGGGGUCGGGAUUUGGCGGCCUCAGCAGCGAUGCUAUCAUUUGGUACGAGUCUCUCUCUGGUGAAGGCAUACAUGAAACUCUUCAUCCUGGCCACACAGCUUUUGUCUAUGUGA